UACAUGUGUCCCAUCUCUAAUUCCACUCGUCUUCUUUAAUCACUUCUUUAUUAUUUCUUAUUAAUAUAAUAAUAAUGUUCGGAUGGAUAUUUAAGGGAUGCAUGGAGGUGAUUCACUCCAUCCAACCGCAACUUAACAAACAAAUUUCAUCAUCAAUCAGUAAGUAUUACCAACAAGACGAGACCAUGCGAGAUAUUUGGGUCUUCCCCUUCCUCUUCCUCUUCCUCCUCUCUUUCCUGAUCAUCUCACGCCCUCUUGCAUCUGCUGCUGCUGCUGUUCUCACCACAUCAUCCCAACAUUAUCCAAGCCAUAUCAAUGAAUGCGAUGCUCUGCUUCAGUUCAGCAGUUCAUUCACUGUCACAAGAGAUGCCUCCUAUGAGCACUGCGACGACUGGUCCAAUAUUACUUCAUAUCCAAAGACGGCCUUGUGGAAGAAUGGCACUGAUUGCUGCUCGUGGGCUGGGGUCACUUGCCACCCAAUGGCAGCACAUAGAGUGAUCGGGCUCGAUCUCAGUUGCAGUCAGCUCAAAGGUACCCUCCAUUCCAACAGCACCCUCUUUUUGCUCCCCAGUCUUCGGCGGCUCAACCUCGCCGGUAACGAUUUCUAUGGCUCCCAAGGAAUUUCACCUAAGUUCGGUAUCUUUACCAGAAUGGCUCAUCUGAAUCUCUCUCAUUCUAACUUCUUCGGGCCCAUUCCUCUAGAAAUUUUUCACCUCUCCCGCCUAAGUACACUCGAUCUCUCAGGCAGAUUCUGGGACCUAACCAUUGAAGAUGACCGUAGUUUCAGAUGGCUUAUACAUAAUCUCACACAGUUGAGAGAACUUAUUCUUGAUGGUACCGACAUGUCUAGAGUUUCUCCUACGUCCCUAGCGAACUUCUCUUCUUCCAGUCUGACAUCUUUGAGUCUUCGUGGCUGUCGUCUGGGAGGGAUAGUUCCGAUUGACAUCUUCCAUCUCCCAAACCUCUGCAGUCUCUUUCUUUCAAGUAAUCAUAAUCUCAGGGGCACUCUACCCCAGACAAAAAACUGGACCAGUCCGCUCGUCUUCUUGGAUCUAUCGAGGACAGAGUUCGAUGGGUCAGUUCCUGCCUCAGUGGGGAAUCUGACAUCCAUGACCAUUUUGGACUUCAGUGAGGCCCAAUUUGCCGGUCCGAUCCCACCGACCCUUGGAAACCUUGUCCACCUCACCCACUUGGACCUCCACCAUAACAAUUUCAGCGGCACCAUGGACUUUGAAAUGUUUGCGCGGCUCAAAAAUAUCCAGUACCUUUUCCUCACAGAAAACAGUUACCUGAAUAUGUUGCUGCAAAGUGAUGGCAACUGUUCCUUCCCCGUGCUCCAAAAUCUGGAUCUAUCAACUUGCAGGUUGACCAAAUUCCCAUACUUCUUGAGUUCUUCCGCUGAGCUGAAAGGGUUGGUCCUCUCCAGAAACAUGAUCAGUGGAGGGAUUCCUGAAUGGUUUUGGAGAGUAGGGAGGGACACAUUGACAAACUUGGACCUCUCAAACAACAAUUUUAAUGGUCCUCUACCUGACCCUCCUCCUUCGAUAGUGGACUUCGAUGCCUCAAGCAACAAUUUCUCUGGAGAGAUCCUAUCUUCAAUCUGCCAAGCCAGUUCACUAGAAUACCUCGAUCUCUCAAACAACAGACUCAAUGGCACCAUUCCGAGAUGUUUGGGUGAUUUAAAAAGCCUCUCGUUGCUCGUUGCCUCAAAUAACAGUUUGACUGGCGAGAUCCCAUCUUCAGUCUGCCAGAUGGGAAACUUAAGCCGCCUCUUCGAGUUGGAUUUGAGCUACAAUAUGUUACAAGGUCCAUUGCCACAAUCUCUAGCAAACUGUACGAGCUUGCAGAUUUUAUUUGUCAAUCACAAUGCAAUAUCUGAUACAUUCCCGCGCUGGCUAAACGCUGUCUACGGGGUGCGGACUGUAGAUUUACAGUCCAAUAGGUUUCAUGGAGCCAUUGAAAUUCCCCUCCCUCCGCAAAUUUCAUACUUGAGCCUCUCCAACAAUGAGUUUUCCGGACAGUUGCCAAUAAAUUUCUUUCUGAAUUCAACUGCUAGUUUUGUUGACUUAGCCAGCAACAGUUUUAAAGGACCUCUCCCGAUUCCGUCACCAUCCAUUGGUUACUAUUCCGUUUCAAAAAAUGAGUUUAGUGGAGGCAUUCCUUAUCAGCUCUGCAACGCCACCAGGCUAUUGAUCAUUACCCUGUCCAAUAACCUCUUGACCGGCACCAUUCCUCACUGUCUGAUGAAUUUUACUGACUUACUAUCUGUAUUGGAUCUCCAAGCAAAUCAAGUUGUAGGUCAGAUGCCAGAGAUAAUUUCCCCUGGAAACAACUCGAUCAAGACAAUCCGCUUAGGUCAAAAUCAACUCAAAGGGACGUUGCCACGAUCUUUGACAUGUUGCAAGAAUUUGCAAGUAUUGGAUCUCGGCGAAAAUGAGUUAGAGGGCCACUUCCCUUACUGGUUGGAUACCCUUCCAAAUCUGCAAGUUCUUAUCCUGAGAUCCAACAAGUUCCAUAGUUCGGUGGAUAGUUCCAAGAGAACUAGUAAUCCCUUCCCUCAGUUACACAUCUUGGACCUCUCUAACAAUAGCUUUUCCGGUCAACUGCCAGCUGAGUACAUUGCCAACUUAAUAGCCAUGAAGAAUGAAGAGAAAGGUGGUUUACGUUAUAUGGGUGGCUUCUCCUAUGAAGAUACCAUUACAGUGUUCGUGAAAGGGACGGAGUUGGUGCUGGUGAAAAUUAUGACCGUGUUUACAACCAUCGACUUCUCAAGAAACUUCUUUGAAGGAGAGAUCCCAGAAGCAAUCGGAGAUCUGAAAGCACUCAAGGGACUCAACUUUUCUCACAACAAUCUGACUGGCAGCAUCCCUUCUUCUGUGGGGAAGCUUACUAAUCUGGAGUGGCUAGACCUAUCCUCGAACAAGCUCGAUGGGGAGAUCCCCAGAGGAAUUGCGGAUCUUACGUCACUCACCACCUUGAAUCUCUCCUAUAACCAGCUUGUUGGACCGAUUCCUCGUGGCCCGCAAAUGGAUACAUUCAACCACUCCUUUGACGGGAAUCCCAGCCUGUGCGGUCCUCCGUUGUCAGAUACAUGUGAUACUUCGAAGCAGUCACCACCGCAUUCAACUUUCCCUGAAGAAGAAGAAGAAGAAGAAGAAGAAGGGCAUUGGAUUGAAUGGAGGGCAAUGGCAAUGGGAUCAGGAUGCGGACUCAUCCUCGGGAUAUCAGUAGGAUAUAUUAUGCUGGAAUUCGGGAGACCGAGAUGGUUGGUGAGAAUGGUUGAGAGGAAAAAGCGUAGGAAAACAAACAGGCUGAAUAGAAAUGCGGCUCCGAGAAAUCCUGCGAGGAGGAGCACCAGAGGCCAGUGAGAUCGGAGACCAGGCAAAAAAUGGUACAUGGAGGCCCCAUCGAGGGGAAUAGCAAUUUAUCGGUGAAGUAGACAGCUAAACAGCCUUAUUCCAUAAGCAUUUUUAUUUUUGUUCUCAUUUUGGGUUUGAAGAGGAAUGGCAAUACCAAUGUGCCUUUUCAGCUGAAUCUUAAUCAUAAUAUGGAGUAUCCUUUUUGACUCAA